AGUCCCCUGCCCUCCAGUCCCAGCCGGUGCCGCAAGGAGCCGGGUUGUGAGGCGUCUGCCCUGGACUGCAGCUGGCCAGAGCGACAGAGACUGCCAGCCACCUGCACCUGGCGCGGCUGUCUUCCAGGAUCUUGGGCUCUCUCUUCCCCUCCCCCUUCUGCCCCCACCUCCUUUUUUCCCACCUCCUCAAACCCUGACAUCAGCCUCCUCCUUCUCCUCCCCCUCCUCCACUAUCACCUUCUCUGGGGAGCUCAGACAGCUUCUCACUGCCUCCUCUCUCUUCUUCCUUUGCUCUUGCCAUUGAGACCCACCACUCCCCGCCAGCUUGUGCUCGUUCCUGGGCUUCCCCUUCUCAGCCUCUUCUCUCCUCCUUCUGUCUUCCUAUCCUGCUCCUCUCCCCCUCCCCCAACCAGAAGCAUCCCCUCCCCAGGACUGGGGCCGUAGCCUUGUCAUGUCAGGAUGGAGAUCCGGCAACACGAGUGGCUCUCGUCCUCCCCCCACGAGGGCUUCGAGCAGAUGAGGCUCAAAAGCCGCCCCAAGGAGCCCUCCCCGAGCCUUACUCGAGUAGGUGCGAACUUCUACAGCAGCGUCAAACAGCAAGACUACAGUGCCAGUGUCUGGCUCCGGAGGAAAGACAAAUUGGAACACUCCCAGCAAAAGUGCAUUGUGAUCUUUGCCUUGGUAUGUUGCUUUGCCAUCCUAGUUGCCUUGAUCUUUUCAGCUGUGGAUAUUGCAGGCGAGGAUGAGGAUGGACUCUCUGAAAAGAAUUGUCAAAAUAACUGUCGAAUUGCUCUGGUGGAGAACAUUCCUGAAGGCCUUAACUAUUCGGAAACAGCACCAUUCCAUUUGUCGCUUUUCCAAGGUUGGAUGAAUUUGCUCAACAUGGCCCAGAAGUCUGUUGAUAUAGUGUCUUCCCAUUGGGACCUCAACCACAGUCAUCCAUCAGCGUGCCAGGGUCAGCGUCUUUUUGAAAAGUUGCUACAAUUAGCUGCUCGAAAUAUUGAGAUCAAAUUAGUGAGUGAUGCAGCAGUCCAGUCAAAGGUAUUAGAAGACUUGAAAGUAAAGGGCGCAGAGGUGACAUACAUCGACAUGAAUGCCUACAACAAAGGUCGACUCCAGUCAUCCUUCUGGAUCGUUGAUAAACAGCACAUAUACAUUGGUAGUGCCAGCUUGGACUGGAGGUCACUAGGGCAGAUGAAAGAACUGGGUGUCAUCUUUUACAACUGCAGCUGUCUGGUCCUAGAUCUACAAAGGAUAUUUGCCUUGUAUAGCUCAUUAAGAUACAAGAGCAGAGUACCUCAAACUUGGUCAAAGAGGUUGUAUGGAGUGUAUGACAAUCAAAAAAAAUUACAACUUCAACUGAAUGAAACAAAAUCUCAAGCAUUUGUGUCGAAUUCUCCUAAAGUCUUUUGCCCUAAAAACAGGAGUUUUGACAUAGACGCCAUCUAUAGUGUCAUUGAUGAUGCUAAGGAGUUUGUGUUCAUUGCUGUGAUGGAUUACCUGCCUAUCUCUAACACAAGCACCAAAAGAACUUACUGGCCAGAUUUGGAUGGGAAAAUAAGAGAAGCGUUAGUUUUGCGAAGAGUUAAAGUUAGGCUCCUCAUCAGUUUCUGGAAGGAAACAGACCCCCUCACAUUUAACUUUGUUUCAUCUCUUAAAGCAAUUUGCACUGAAAUCGCCAACUGCAGUUUGAAAGUGAAGUUCUUUGAUUUAGAAAAAGAGAGUGCCUGCUCUACAAAAGAACAAAAGAACAAUUCCUUUCCCAAGUUAAACCGAAAUAAAUAUAUGGUAACUGAUGGAGCAGCUUACAUUGGGAAUUUUGAUUGGGUAGGAAAUGAUUUUACCCAGAAUGCUGGCACAGGCCUCGUAAUCAACCAGGCGGAUGUGGAAAACAGCACAAGUAUCAUCAGGCAACUAAAAGGGGUGUUUGAAAGGGACUGGUAUUCACCCUAUGCCAAAAACUUACAACCAACUAAACAGUCAAACUGCUCCAGUCACAAACUUAACAAAUUGGCAACAAACAAAACUGCUGUGGCAUAUAAUACAAGUGAGAAUGACCUCUUGAGUGUACAACAUGAAUGAAGACACCCAACAGGAUGGACAGAUGAACAUUUCCUAUCUACUAAUAAGAAACUAAGGGAAGUGGGGAAGCCAAAAAAAAAAAGUCUUUUUUAAGGAAAAAGCACACAUCAAAAAUGUUCUCAGAACUGCAUACAAUAAUAUCUAUAUAACUAUAUUAUAGCUCUAUAUACAGUGACUUAAGACUUUUAUAUUUGUUACUUCUGACAAUGAAUGUCAUUUCUGCUUAGAGGUUAGUUUUCAAGUUUUACAUUUCAAUUUAAAGACUUCAAUUCUCUUCCUGUUUCCUUGCCUGGUUAUACCACAAGAUUUGAGGGGAAAUGAAGGUGAGCUCUGUGAUGCCACUUCAAGAUCUGAUGACUUACAGAGGAGGGUGUGUAUUUCACCUUGGAAAGGAUACCAGUAGGAGCAUAUAAAGCACUCUCCAUUCCUAGACCACCACAUCCUCCUGCAAGCAUUAUUGGCUACCAUUUAUAUGCCGUCUUCCAAAACUAUGUGUAAAAAAAUUCCAUUUGGUUUUUUUUUUCUCAGUUCCUUCUAAUAGCAUAAAUUUUAUAUUCUCUUCACCCCUUAUAAAAUGUUCUUGUUCUAAGGAAUCCCUCUAAAUUCUAUUAUGUUCUUUCUCUACAACAUUAAUUCUGAAUACAGUAUCUUUUGCAAAUGCCUUAUUCCUCUGAAUGACUAUACAAAGGAAAUGAAAGUCUUCAAUUUUCACUUUUCCAACUAUGCUUUUCUACUAAAUUGGUAUUUUUGAACUGCAACCUGCAUUCUCUUGUGCAUUUUUGCCUGCUCCAAAAGUCAGGUGGAUUGCCAAUUUAGAAAAAUAAUAAUCACUACUAAUUUCCAACAAAGUUAGGUGAAGCCAGAUUUGGUUUAGGUUUGUUGGGGUUUGGAUUUGGAGAGGGAUGAAUUUUUUAUUUUACGUUUGUAAAGAAUUUGGCAUUAUGAAGGAAAGACCUUUGUGGAACAAUGGUAUUAGAUUGCUUUGAAUCAUUAUUUUGCUUUUGAGAGUAAUUCAGCAAAAGUUUGUAGCACUCUUCCUCUAUAGUCACUUAAGAUGCCAAAUGCUUUUCAGAGAAAUGCAAUUUUAAAUUUAAAACUGUGCUUUCCAUAUUUUACUAAUCAGCUGGUUUACUAAUGCUGAUUAGGCUUGUUCUAUACUCUAGUUCUAUACUCUAGUCAUUAUUUUAUAAAUAUACAAUAUAGACCCAUAAAUAUAUUAAUAGAGGCUGUUGUCAUACGAGAGAGGCAUGGUCUAGUCUGAGCACAGAGUUGGCAGCCAGGAUGAAAGAGUCCCGGAUCUUCUCCUGGUUCCCUCUAUAGCUAGAGACAAGACACAUCACCCCUUUGCCUCCAGUUUCUAUUGGUAAUGUAGGGACAGUAAUACCCACCUACCUCACAGGGAUGUUGUGAGGUUUAGGAAAUAUUUACAAAGUGUUUUGAAAUCAAAAGAGCCUAUAUAAAUGCUAAGCAUUAUUACAUAUAAUCUUCUUUCUUGAAAUCAACUUGGUGAUAACCUAAUAUAAUAAAUACUAAGUUCUUCCUGAGGAACUGAUGGAGGAACAAAGCAUGUGUCUUCGAAGUUACAGAUUUGUAUGAAAAUCUCAUGGAGACAUAAGAACCCUAAUGGAAGUCUGUGUUAUCAAUGAUGCUAGGAAAACAUUUGAGUGGAACAUUUUGGUGUGCCAUUUUUGUACCAGUGUAUAGUAGCAUCAACAUGGAACACUAGCUGGCCAUCCUUUUUGAAACCAACAAAACAAUUGGUUUUCAGAACAAGAAAAAGCAUUCUCUCUGACCAUGCUUCUUUUUCAACCACUUGGUUCUUAUCAUACCAGAAGAAACAGAAAUAUGCAUCAACUUCAUCAGGUGGAUCCUGCUAUUAAAAACAACUGGUUAUUUGACUCACCACUGUAAAACUUUCCAGAUGAUUUCAAAUAAUGCUUGGUUGGACAUGUCAACCAGUUAGAAAAUGGUGCAUGUACUAGAACUGUAUUUUUUUAAAGGAUACUGUACUUUUGUGAAAGAAUUUGAUUUUUUAAAAGGUCUGUGGGUUUUAAAGACAUUCUUUUAUCACUAAUGGCCAGCCUGUCUAGUCUGAAUAUUUUACACAGAUUCCAUUUAUUGUAGGGUGCUACAUGGAUAGCUUUGAUGUAAUGCGGGGAUCAAUAACCAUUCCACUAAAGUGCAGUACAUUUUGGUAAGUUAGCUUCAAUAAAAAUAAAAUGGGGUGGGGUGGGGAUGAAGAAUACCCUUGAACUAAAUAGAGCAAGCCUGAGUUUAGAUCUGCAAAGGACAGCUCUAAAGGGAGAAGGGAACAGCUGGUUCCACUGGGACAGCACUGUUUUAGCUUUAGAGGGAGAGGUGAGAAACACCACACAAACUCUCUUGGAAUAGCUACAGUGAAGAAACAGGUUGGAAAUGACAGGGGGUGGAUGAGAAGAGGAGAAAGUACAGCUAAGCAUUGUACAUGUGAGGGGAGACAUUGUUCUGGCUGGGCAUUGCAACUUACCUCCCUACCCUGCCCAGGUAGAACCAUUAUAUCCAGAUUGUGCACAGAAUCUGCUGCUUCUGCCCAUGCACCAAUAGCAAUAUUUCUACCCUAGUAACCCCAUGAAAUAUGGUGCAGAGACUUACCAGCCUGAACAUAUUUGGCAAUGGCAGAUUGGUCAAGAAAUGCUUCAAGACAACAUUGACAUUAUCCAACUUCUCAGAAGAUUGCUCUUGGGCAGUGAUAGGCAGACACAUUACUAUGCAGAAGGUAUUAUGCUCUGUAGCAUUUUGAUUUGUUUUUCUAUUUUGGGUGGGGAAGGGGGUUUCAUUGCUUCCCUGUGAAAUGGCUUAUCUCCUUUUUGGCUUUGAAGCUAUGUAUGCUUACAGAUUCAAAAGAUUCUACUUCCAUCAGAAGAAGGCUGGAGGAAAUUGUGUUUUCUCUAAACUCUCCCCAAACACUACAAGAAUUUUCAAGAAGUUAUCAUCAUACUUCCAAUAAGAGUAGUUGGUUGACCCCAGGGAUGAUUCUUCCAAGUAAAUCAAAAUGAAACAUGGUUGUUAUUUGAGAAUAUAUGAUAGACCUGUGUACUGCAAACAUUGACUAGUGCCUUAUUCAUUCUCAAGCAUUGAGUUCAAAUAAUGGUUACUUGUACAUGGGCAAUUAUUCAGUUCAAUGUGAUAUCACUUAUUGAAUAGAUAAAGAUUGAGAACCUUUCUAUUACAGCCUUGCAGAUAAAUACCCCAAUUCUUUCAACCACUCUACCAUUCUCAAGUCAUACUUCCCUCAUUACACAAUCAAAUUCAAGCACCUAUAUAUAUUUUUGUUACCAUUGGUAUGUCAUGCACUGUAAUUGGGCCCUGAAACAUAAGCAUUUGAAAGAUUAAUUUAGCCAUAAAUCAUUGGGUUUAAAAGUCCUAGAGAUCAUACCAUCAUUCUUUCCUUUAUGAGUCAUAGACUCUUAAGGGUUGGAAGGGACCUUAAUUUUUUGGAAAAUUUUAUUUAAUUAGUUAAUUUAGAAUAUUUUUUCCAUGGUUACAAGAUUAAUGUUCUUUCCCUCCCCUCCCUCCAACCCCCUCCUGUAGCUGAUGUGCAAUUCCACUGGUUUUACAUGUGUCAAUGAUCAAGACCUAUUUCCAUAUUAUUAAUAUUUUUUUGAAAAUUUUAUUUAGUUAAUUUAGAAUAUUUUAGGAAGGAACCUUAAAAAUCUAACCCCUACUUAAAGUAUUAAUCCCAUCUAUGACAUCUUUGUCAAAUAGUCACCCAGCACCAGACUGAGCAUCUCCAGUAAGGUGGAUCUUAAGACUCCAUGCCUUGAUAUUGAGUUUAUUCCUGAAUGUGAUGGAAUAAACAUUAAAUUUUUCUACCAAGAUAUUACUGUGUCUCAAAGAACAUGUAGAAAGGUAUAACAUGGAAUUCUGCGGUUCAGUGCAUCACAGUGUUGACAUCUUCUAACUGACAACAGAAGGGACUGAGUCAAGAGCUCCCAAAUACACAGCUUUGAGAACUAAGAAAAUAUUCUCAAUCUGUAUAGCAUCAUCCCUAUCUCAGUGGUCAUGGAGCAUUUCCCAAUAAGGCUGUAUCUAUAAUCUACAUAUCUUUAGCUAGAUAUCUGUAUGUAGAUAUAGAUAAUUUUCAUCUUGGGUUGAAGUGAGAUGAGUUCAAACCUUUUUAAAUCUAACCUUUUUAACUUUUUGUUAAUUCAAUUACUGGAUUAUUUUUUAAGUGCCUCAUUGAGCCCUAGAGACUGAAUGAUACUCAUUUCCCACCAACCUAUAGUUGUAGUCAAGUAAAUCAAUUGAAACAGAAGACUGUAUAAGACAUUGUUUUGUUCUAAAAAUACAAAUGGAAUUUGAGACUGAGAAAACAUUAGAACAUAAGAACCACUAAACUGGGCCAAACUGAAGGUCCAUCCAGCCCAAUAAUUGUGUAUUAGAAUUUGCCUUUUCUGUAUGUGUCAUUUAUACUUCAUUACACUAGAAAGGGAUGUUGCUUUGUUGUUGGUUUUUAAUCUGGCAUAUGAUUUCGUCAGAGUGGAGGACCCCAAGUAUGAAAACUCUUUCCAUUAAUGCAAAUCAGUAAAUUAUCUAUAACAGAUUAUAUUAAUUUUAGAGAAUAGUGUGGUAAGAAUGAGAGAUUAAGUGAUUUACCCAUGGUCACAGGGCUAGCAUCUCUCAGAGGCAGGACUUGAAUCCAGAUCUUCCUUGACUUCAUCAAGGUCAACCCUCUGCCUACUAUACUAUGAUGCCUCUUUUCCUAAGUUUGCCAGUUCAAAAUUCAUUCUACUAUAUUUGAUGCUUCUUUAAAAAAAACUGCCUGAAUUCUAAUUAGAACCAGCUUACUUUGUCAAGUGCAAUGUUUGUUGUUGAUUGUUCAAACAAGUCCCCUAAAAGAGUCCCAUGUAUUCCUAGUAAAUGUUUCAUUCAUUUUAUCUAUACACCUUAUUCCUAAUGCCAGACUUUUGGAGAGGAUAUACUUUAUCUUCAGCCUUCUGGGAUAUAAAAUUAAUCUGAAUUCCCUCUAACUAUAGACAGGCUGAAUACAUUUUUUGGUUCUUUUUCCACCAUGCAAUAUAAAUUUGCUUCCUUUCCUAAAUGGGAGCUAUUACUCCUUUCCUGCUCUAUUUUGAUAACCAAAUUGCUGUUUGCCACUUCUGCUUUAUCCAUUUAAAAUUGCUGAAAGGCUUAAAUAAACCUUGGACUCAGAUGCAGCAUAUCUUGCAAUCCUGACUUUAUUUAUGUCACAGUGCAGUUUCUUGAACCCCAAAAACUGUAUUUUCUUCAUUUUAUGUGGACCAUGAGCAGGACUGCAGGUCCAGAAUUUUUUGAGAUGACUUUUGUUACAUAAGUAACUUUAGAUACCUAGGUGAAAAGAAGUAUGAAUUUUGAGAAGCUGGAUGGGUAUUUGUUUUUGCUAUGCUAACAACAUUCUAUUCUGUUAUAAAUAUAUUAAAUUUGUAAAUGCAUCUUAAUUAUACUGAUGGAAUAAUAUAUCUCAGCCUAUGUAGGGACAUGAAACUAGUUCUUCAAUUCAUAAAUAAGUUGGCACAAUAAAGGCUGGGUUUGGGAGAUGGUUAUAAAUCUCAAUUCUUUCGUAACUGAGCACUAAACUUUAUAGAAUAAAGUAUCAAAAUGAAGGCCUUUUCAUACUGUGAAAUGAGGCUGGUUUUCUUUUUCAUCAUAUCUUGGUCUCAGAAAUCAAGUUAGAUGGCAAUUACCAUAUUAUAUCAUGAUAAGUGACUGAAAAGAAUAAAGUCUAUGCUGAAGGACCAGGGGUUAUGGUCCCAUUGUUUUGUAAAUUAGCCCAAGAAAUUGUCUUUGUAACAUUACUCUUAUCUCUAUAAAAAUAUUUGUUUUUAA